GAUAUCAUAUCAUACAAUGCACAAGUAUAUUUGGUUCGAUAUAUUUCCAGAAGAAUAAAGAUGAAAUAUCUUUAUUAACUUUUAUGCAACUUUCCUCUUCUUCUUAUUAAAUAUAAAUAUUUUCUUUCUAUUUUUUGUUGCAAUAAUUCUUUACACUUUCCUCAAACAGCUGAAUGAACUAGUGUAAGCUAGUGAGAUACACACAUACAAUAGUACUAAUGUGAUUAUCCUAGAGAAAGGGAGAUGCUUACUCCUAACCCUUUCUCUCUCUUUUGUGCAAUCCUUCUUUGUUUUCCUCUUGCCAUUGUUUUCACUAUUUCCUCUAACUCAUCCACCAUUGUUACUCCUAUUACUGUCACUCAUAGCCGUCUCAUUUUAGCAACUAUUCUCUCUCCUCCUCCGCCGCCACCGCCUUUAUCAUCACCUCCUCCUCCUCCUAAACCCUCUAAAACCCUUGCUACCAAUGAAACUACUCCAAAAGAACAUAUCAUUAAACAAGUGAGUUCGCCACCACCUCUUAUUCCUAAGGAUGAUAAGGGUGAUGUGGACUUAUUUAAACGCGCUUAUAAGUUCAACCCUAAUCCAACUCGAGGCCACCUGAAAAAGGUGGCCUUUUUAUUCUUGACUUCUGCUCCACUUCCUUUCGCGCCACUCUGGGAGUUGUUCUUCAACCAGAGUGGCGCGAGGAGCAGAAGUCAGUACAACAUAUACAUACACGUUGACCCUAGGUAUCGAUACGACCCACCUUUUACAGGGGUCUUUUCAGGGCGCGUCAUACCCUCUUCUAAACCCACGCGCCGUAACACACCAACACUCAUUACAGCAGCACGUCGGUUAUUAGCCCACGCGCUCCUCGACGACCCUGACAACCACAUGUUCACUCUCCUCUCAGGCGCGUGUAUUCCAAUACACUCUUUCAACUUCACCUACAACACUCUCGUUACCUCGAACAAGAGCUUUAUUGAGAUCCUAAGCAAUGAAUCAACCGCGUAUGGUAGAUGGGUAGCGCGUGGAGAGGACGUGAUGCUUCCUGAAGUCACUUUCGAUGCGUUCCGUAUCGGGUCCCAAUUCUGGUCUCUCACGCGCAACCAUGCGCGCGUGGUAGUGGGUGACAACAGAUUAUGGCGGAAAUUUAGGUUGCCAUGUGUAACAGACAGCACGUGCUAUCCUGAAGAGAAUUACUUCCCUACAUUGUUAUCCAUGGUGGACCCACACGGGGUGGUCCCCGCAACUCUUACUAACGUCAACUGGCGAGGACAGAACGAUGGUCACCCGCGGACAUAUAAUGGGUCAGAGGUGGACCCCAGCUUGAUCAGAUGGCUACGAGAGAGUAAGCCUAGAUAUGGUGAUAUGAGAAUCAACGGCUCUGAUUUGUCUGUCAUGGACAGGUGGGACCCAUUCUUGUUUGCUAGGAAGUUUGCUUCUAAUUGUGUAGACCCAUUGUUGAAUAUAGCUAAGGAUGUUCUUUUCAAAGAUUAGGAUAUUCUCUAAAAAAAAAUUAACAAAAGAAAAUACUACAAAUGUGAUUUUUUUUUUUUUCAUUUUUGAAUUUGGUAAAGUUUGCAAGUGUAAGAAAAAAAAAUAGUAAGAUUUUUCA